AUAUCCUCUGCAGCACCAGGCCGGCGCAGCGGUCGCCAGACCUACAGUCGCUUCCAAACACUGGAGCUGGAGAAAGAGUUCCUCUUUAACCCCUACCUGACCAGAAAGCGGCGGAUCGAGGUCUCUCACGCCUUGAACCUGACCGAGCGCCAGGUGAAGAUCUGGUUCCAGAACCGGCGGAUGAAAUGGAAGAAGGAGAACAACAAGGACCGCUUCCCCAACGCCCGGGAGGACGAAGGAAAAACCCAAGAGGCGCCGGUUCGACCCCCGGAUCCGGAGGUUGGGGGGCAGAAGGGGGAGGAAGAGGAAGAGGAGGAGGAGAAAGAGGACGAGGAAGAGAAGGAGGCAGGGGAUAAGGACAGAGGGCAACAGAAGUAACUCCCUCCGCACAUCUGCCCGGAGGAGGGGGAGGUGGAGACGGGUGGGAUAUGUAGGUAGCCCGCACCCCCACUCUCCGUCAACUGCAGCCCACAAUCCGCUAAGGAUUCAGAAUAAACCUUUCAACUCCCUCACCCCAAAACCCAACCUCCCCAAUCAAACAUCCAAUACCCUCCUCAACCACAUCUCGCCUCUGUAUUUUUUUGUAACAAUUGUACAUAAUGUAAGUAUACUACCUAUUAUUGAUCUUAGAGUAGGAUAAUAGGUCGGCACGACAUCGUGGGCCGAAGGGCCUAUACUGUGCUGUACUGUUCUAUGUUCUACCUACGAACUGGG